AAUCUGAUUAACUUAAAAGUUAUUGGCCGUUAUUGGGGCUUUCAAGAGCUAGGAUGCUGUGAUUUAUUCCGACCUGAAUAGAUGCUAUUGAAAUUAUAUCAGAUCUCUUUAAAAGAAAAAUACAAAUGGAAUGUUUAUGGGACAUUAUAGAAACAGUAACUGUUUAAAUGUGUUGAUAAAUAAUGUUGCAUUGAUUUAAGCAUUUUCUGUGCAAUUAGAAUGAAAAUGGUGAUAACAACAUUGCAUCCAGAAUUGAAAGUAUUCAUAUGGACAAUUAACUAAAAUAACGACAUAGACUGGAUACUCAUAGAGUAAGACACUAUUUAAAUUGAAUAUUAAUAACGACAUUUGUUCAUCAGUUAUACGAGUAUCAAUAGCUUGUCAAUUACAUCACAUGUUUUAGAAGCACGCAGUACCACUGAUCGAUGAAAAAAGGAAAGAAAAAAGUCAAGCCCGCAGACACUCGCCCAGCAGGAAAGGAAAAGCAUCUAAAGGAUGAUGCCAUAUCCGCUGAUUGUGAUCUUUGGUACCGUUGGAGCAUGUGGAGAAUGCAUCUGAACGAAGAGCUUGCCGGGGCUGCGAUGUCAAUGCCAGGACACAAGCGUUCCGAAAUGGUAACAAAUAUCACAUCGUCAUAUUACAACCGCAGAGAAAGUUGGGUCUACGGUCGACAGAUGAAAUCAUUGUCAUCCACAGGCACGUGUCCAACUCUACCCAGUGUUCUGUCGGACAAUAUAUAUCUUGUUUAUGGUUUGCCAAGAGUCUCAAUAAAACAGAAUACACCCAAGUAUGUGACAGAGAUGCACCAGAGUCUUCACGAACUCGAUCUGGUUACAAAGAGGUCGUGUACGUCGUUCGAUGCAGCUAAAGAACUGAAUAUACAACAAGAAUAUAUGUGUGUUAAUGGUGACGUACGAAAACAUAUUGUUUCAAGUGAAAGUAGUAUCCCGGAAGGAAUUCACAAUUAUUCUCAAAAUGAAAACGACUCUCAAGUUCGUUUUAAAGAACAACCUUCAAAUGAAGUUGCAGACGUAGUGGCGACUUCAUCAACGAAACCAAUACAUAUGAAUAGCAACGACAAAUGCGAGACAGCAAUUCCAAAAGUUAGUAAAAGCCUUGAGUUCUGGGAGAAACUAGCGAAGAGGAAAAAUGAAAUCAUUGAGCUUGAAAAAGUACAUAUUGUCACAAAAUCUGAUAACAGCAACGAACGUGGAGCCAUAUCCUGUGAACUUCUACAGAAUCAACAAAAGUUGUUAAAGAAAACUCUUCCAAGCAAACGUUCUAGUAAAGAUCUUUGGCGGUCUGUUGCACAGAGAAAAACUGAAAUUGUACUGUUAAAAGAAAAUGAUCGUUUAGCUCCAAAUGAACAAAAGCAAAAAACAGGUCAGUUUUGGAGUUUUAUAUUUUCUAAAAAGAAAGACAUUCUUCAGAUGAAAAGAAGCGGAAAUAAAACGGAGUCAAACGAUAAAAAGGAAGUUCAAGAAAAGAAAUCAUCGAAAGACAAUGUACCUAAAACCUUUGAGGAUUCCUUUCAGAAGGAACUCGCAGACAAGCUGAGGAAAAGGCGAGUUGCUGCUGAAAAUACAGGAGAAACAUGAACUUUAAGAUCUAAAAGAAAACUAGAGUAUUUUCACGCUAUACUGAUGCUGAAGAACAAUGUAAUUGAAAGAGUGUCAACUGCACAAUCUGCUUGGCAUUAUUGGUUUAAUAUUCAAUUUAUUGAACAUCAUUACAGUGAUAUAAAUACAAUGGUAAAAAUGGUAAACAUUAUUUUAUAAACGAUAUUCUAAGCACUUGUUGAAGCUAUACACAUACUGAAAGUUAUUUCGCAGCGCUAGCAGUAUAGUAUAUCAUUUUUUUCUUUCUUUCUUGUUUGUUAAGAUGUCGCUUUAAAAUGCAGAGUCACCAUAAUCUUUAUUAAACACAUGCACACUGUACUUUUAACAAGAGAAAGUAACUGUAACGAAUGUCUACACUCCAAUCGAUGCCAUUAAAUAUGUAGCUAGUUUUCUAAUUUGACAUUAACUUAAAACUUGCAACAAAAUACAUGAUUUUUUUUU